AUGGCUUUUUCCGCCUGUCUGAAAUACGCAAUGGCCAGUGGCAUUCCCUCGGCCGCGGAGCAUCCCACAGCUGAGCCAAAUGUAAAUCAGACGGAUUUGGUGUUUACAUCACUGACACCUGUCCGUUUUAAGCGACAGAGCCCACAAUUUUUUCGUUGCAAGCGCCACAGCCGUGCACAGCUGAUCCGAAAACUGAACAGGCUUGGUAAUCAACGAGGGGGAGGUUAUGGUGGUUAUAAUCGACGUUUCAUGGCACUGACCUGGAAGGAUGCUCGAAAAUUCCAAAACCUUGUCACAACUGUGAGCACUUCUCCACUUAACUUCUCUAUUAUCAACAAUCUCCCUCUUAGUGCUCCGAGUAAAGCAGGUACACUGAUGUCACGCACCGAUUGUCAUGCAACGGAGAAUGGGCUACUACGCAUGUGCAGUGCAUGUCCUGCUGUCACUUUUUUGGGUCACGAUAGGAUACCUUCCUUCAUCAACGAGGUCAAGUGCGGACAAGGAAUGUGUUCACAUGGAGUGCUUGGCCAUUGUCAAGCAGCGGUAAUGCUCCAGCAAUUUCUAUACAAGACAGGGCGGUGUAACCCAGUCACUGGAUAUGAAGAAUUAUUGCCCUAUACCCAACCAAUACGCGUGUGUUGUGAGUGCUUGGUCUUCCCCAUUGGUUAAAUAUCACACGAAAGUCAAAUACGCAUCGCAAAGUCAGAAGUACCUAAAUAAAACACGAUCGUGGUAUUAUUUGUUGAUCAUUCAAAAAAAUUAAAUUCACUGUAAGAAUAGUAAUAAAUUACUUAAUUGCAAUAAAAAAGUAUA